GUUCAGUUCACAAUUGACGUGUUGCUCUGUGAUUUUAGAAAUAAUUGAUUUACUUAUGAGUUCUUAAUUUAUAACUUUAAAAUAACAGAGUACCUAACUAACGUAAUUGCAAAAUAUAGUAGUCUGUAGUAGUACCAAAUAAAAUACCAGUGUGGCAACAUAAUAACGCAGUUUUUUAGAUGUUUAUAAAUUCUUAUUAUUUGUCUGUAUUUUGAUUUAAAUCUCGUAUUGACAAGACGCGGCAAUUUAUAAUGUUUUUAGUCUUACUCAACAGUACCUGAUAUAUUUUUACGAUAGUAUUAAGCGUUAAAUAUAAAGAUGAGCGAUGAAAAGCAGCCGCUUCUUACUGGACCAAAUACUCCGAUUGACAAUGCGGAGGUUCAAACUGUAGAAUUGGUCGCAAGUCCAUCGAUCCAUGUAUCGCCCUUCAAACAUGAAACGCCGAAAAAAACGGAUUACAACCCCACGUCCGAACGAUACUUAGAACAUCCUACUUCAAAUUUUGACACACUAAUUCAUCUUCUUAAAGGCAAUAUUGGAACAGGUAUUUUGGCAAUGCCUGAUGCUUUUAAAAAUGCUGGUCUAUUUAUUGGUGUAGUUGGAACACUUUUUAUGGGAGUGAUAUGCACACAUUGUAUGCAUAUUUUAGUUGCUUGUUCUCGUGAGCUUUGUAUCAGAAACCAGCGACCUGCAAUGAGUUUUGCAGAAGUAGUAGAAGACGCUUUUGCAAUGGGACCUGUAUCUUUGAGGCCAUAUGCAAAAAAAAUUAGGAAUGUGGUCAAUAUAUUUCUAGUAAUGACUCAACUAGGAUUUUGCUGUGUUUAUUUCUUAUUCGUUGCUACUAACCUCGAAGACACGAUGCGUUUUUUUGGCAUAAAACUAAGCGUACACAGAUAUCUAGCAAUGUUAUAUGUGCCAAUGUUGGCUUUGGGUAUGGUGAAAAACUUAAAAUAUUUGACUCCAGUAUCUUUAAUAGCAUCAAUAAUGACCGCUUGGGGCCUGGUUAUAACAUUCUAUUAUAUUUUGCAAGAUUUGCCACACACUGACAGUGUCAAGGCCUUUGCGAGUUGGCAUCAGUUACCCUUAUACUUUGGCACGGCUAUAUAUGCGUUUGAAGGCAUUGGAGUGGUUUUGCCUUUGGAGAAUAAUAUGAAAACUCCGGAAGAUUUCGGCGGAUGGACGGGCGUUUUAAACACUGGAAUGGUUAUUGUGGCAGCAUUGUACACAGCUAUUGGCUUUUUUGGCUACUUGAAGUACGGCGCAGCAGUGUCCGGCAGUAUUACACUCAAUCUACCGAAUGACUUGUUAGCACAAAGCGUCAGGGCCGUAAUGGCGGCGGCAAUAUUCCUCUCGUACGGCCUUCAAUUCUACGUGCCUAUGAAUAUCGUCUGGCCUUAUAUUAAAACUAAAUUAAAUUCCGAAAAGGCACUUGAAUACGGCGAGAUUGUGACACGAUUCGUUCUCAUCACAAUUACAUUCGUUGCGGCAGUGCUGAUACCGAAUUUAAGCAGCAUCAUCUCCCUCGUGGGCGCGUUCAGCAGCUCCGCUUUGGCGCUGAUAUUUCCACCCAUCAUCGAAAUAAUAACGUUCUGGCCCGAACGACUGGGAACUAAAGGUUGGAUACUGUGGAAGGACCUUGCCAUUAUAAUUUUCGGUAUAACAGGUUUCGUCUUCGGUACUUACGCUAGUUUGGAAAAUAUUUUGAAACAUUCUUAGGCAAAUAUUCAGAUGAUUUGAAAAUAGGAUACGUUUCUAUUGACGGUAAGUCGCAACUGGAGUUAUUCUACAACCAAAUAACAAUGCUUCGUGAAACCGUGCAGCUAGCAACGUCCGCCCGUAACCAGAAAUGUUUUACAAAUACAUUGUCGUAAUGUAUGCGACUACGAGGAUUCAUUUUUGAAUAAAAGAAAGCUUAGCUUCUUCGAAUAAAUGUCUAAAUUAGUGAAUUGUUGUACUGUUUGAAAAAAUAUAUUGUUUUUAUGGUGACGGUUGCAUUUACCGCCUCUCUAAAAGUACCGUCACGAGCGGUGUACAAUAUACACGCGCUUAUGGCGGUCAGUAACGGUGUACAUACAGACAAACAUCUUGAACAUUUAAACUGGUGGUUGACCUUUGUGCAAGCUCCUGUACACAACACAUGUUUUUUUAACGCCAAACAAUACUCUGUGUUGCCAACCGUCACCGAAUGAGCCAAAAUAGUUGAAUUAGAAAAUUAUUCUCAUAAUAUUUUCGUUUAUAUAGUUGGUGCAGAGAAUGGUUCAUAUUUUCUUAAGUGCCAAUAGAUUGAAAAUGUAUAUGAGCGGCGUGUACCUUCUAUAGUAUGGUUCAUUUGGCUUUGAUGUCCUUUUAUUAACAGAAAAAAAAACUGUUAAAAUGGCAACAUUAAUCUACCAAUGGCGCGUUCGGAACUAUACUAACCGUUUAAAAAGAGCCAAUAGGACUCGACUAGUUCCCUUUCUCCCCACUUGAACACCAGGCUAAGAUCUCUGUUCACUUAACGUCAACUGUCAAGAUGUUUGCCAGGUACUGUACCAGCCCAUAUAAAGUUGACACAACAAUUUUUCUUGCCACGGACGAUAGCACAUUGGCGAUAUAAUCUGACUAUUGACAAUGCUAUUUUAUUAUGAAUAAAAAAAAAACUGAUUCUCAACAACCAUGACAAUAAUAUUAAAUAGAUGACUUAAAAUAUAUUUAUACAUAUUUUAUUUUAGUCAAUAGGUGUAGAAUCAAAUGAAGUGAUCAUAUAAUUAAUUUAUUCUAAGAGAUACUAGUAUUAAAACGGUAAGCUAUUGUUCUUUAUAUAUUUUGUUUAAUAGCUAAAGAGUAUUUAAAAAUAGUUAUUAAUACAUUCUCGCCGCAUUUAUAUUUACUCGUGUUAAAUCGUAAAGAUGAGUAAGUGAGCACAUCGGUGCUUACUAAUAGCUAAUAUUUAAUGCACAAAGGAACGGAAUAUGAAAUGUAUCAGAUUAUGUUUUAAGAUUUUUUUUAUUACAAAUGAAAUUUAAAUAAUAAUAGUAUAUUCUACGAUACUGUUAUCAGCAUAAUUGAAAAUUUUAUCAUGAAUAAUAUAUUUACUUUAUUUAAUAAACACCAAAGUAACUUAGACGUUAGUCUUUUAAUAAAUAGUUGAAAACACAAAUUAUAC